CGCGCGACCUCCAUCUGCGGACAGUGGGACAGCGUGGCCACGGGCGUGUACACGGUCUACCAGGACCUUUGGAACGAGGAUGCCGGUACCGGCUCGCAGUGCACGACCGUCGACACCCUGACCGACGAUGUGCUGUCGUGGUCCACCUCGUGGUCCUGGACCGGCGAGAGCAGCCAGGUCAAGUCCUAUGCCAACACCGUGACCAACUUCACCAUCACCACCCUGGCGUCCAUCUCGUCCAUCCCCUCCUUGUGGUCCUGGUCCUACUCGGGCACGGAUAUCGUUGCCGACGUGAGCUACGACAUGUUUACCUCUUCUUCUGCCGACGGCAGCGAUGAGUACGAGAUUAUGGUCUGGCUCGAUGCCAUCGGCGGUGCCGGCCCCAUCUCCUCCACCGGCAGCACUGUCGCCACGCCCGAGAUUGCCGGCACCACCUGGGAUCUGUACACGGGCCCCAACGGCGACACGACUGUGUACAGCUUUGUCGCCACCUCGGCCGUCGAGGACUUUGACGGCGACCUGAUGGACUUCCUGAACUAUCUCAUCGAGAACGAGGGCGUGUCGAGCAGCCAGUACCUGCUGAGCAUUGGCGCCGGCACCGAGCCCUUCACCGGCACCAGCGCUGUCCUCUCCGUCUCCUCGUACUCGUGCGGCGUG